AAAAAAACUUGAUCGGGGGAAAAAAAAAAUCAACAACAAUUAACAUGCAAAUAGAGGCUAAAAGGAGAACUAAGAAACGCCAACACUGCAAUCACUAGAGAAUGAAUGAAGGCAAGGAUAUGAGAAAGAGAAAACAAACCUUACAAACAGGAUAUGCCCAGUAUUAGCCAGUAAAGUAAAAACUAAAGAUACGAUACCUGCUAACGAAAAAAAAAAAGAACUUAACAGGAGGAAGAAGAGGAGAGGGGAAAGAGAACAAUAUACCUACAUCAAAACAAUUAACGAACCUACACCAUACACCUGAACACUCGUCUCUACUUUAACUCCUAUUGUAGGCCUACGUAACCUCCUCCUUUAAUCCUCUUCUCCCUAUUUUAACUCCUAUUUUCUCUUCCCUCACCUAUACCUCUUCCUCCAACUGUAUAUUUCCUCCAUUAUAGCCCUUUAUCCUCUUCUAUACUUCCUCUUUCCUCCGCUUUGUACGUCCUCCAGUAAUCCUCCUUCCUCAUCUGUAUGUCCUUCAUUAACCCACAUCGUUUUCCUAUUAUAUCCUUCAUUAUAAUAGGAGUGACGAUCGAGAUGGCUUUGGUUCUUCUGCUGCCUCGCCUGCGGGUUGGGAGCGCCCUGACUCUCCUCCUCCUGCUCCUGCUGCUUCUACUCAUGGCCUACACCGCCCACCACCACGUCCGCAUCAGCAGGACGGGCGGCAAUGGCGAGGCUCUGGACCCCCGGCACGUGGCGCUGCACCAGACCCCGCACGUGCUCUUCUUCAACCGCGUGCCCAAGUGCGGGAGCGAGAUGCUGGUGCUGCUCCUCCAGUGGCUGCAGGCACGCAACGGCUUCAGGCACGUGCGGCUCAAGAACAGCGUCAGGCGGUACCUCACGCGCGACGAGCAGGCGGCGUUGGUGGAGGAGGUGGGAGAGCGCCUACAGGAGAGCCCAGAGCCACGAGUGAGCUUCGACAGGCAUGUGUACUUCACCAACUUCAGCAAUCACGGGUUCAAGAUGCCGCUGUACCUGAACCUGGUGAGGGACCCCGUGGAGAAAGUGGCGUCCAGGUUUUACUACGCCCGUGUGACACCCCGCCCUGGAGCAGCCACCCCACCAGGCUACACACGGCCUGCCCCGCCCCGCUACACCAGCUUAGAGGAGUGUCUGCAGCACCAUGACCCUGAGUGCACCUUCCUCCCAGGGCAUAUGUACGACCUCACCAUCCCCUACUUCUGCGGCCAUAAGGAGUUCUGUAGGGAGCUUAACAACGAGGCUGCCCUGAGGGAGGCCAAGAGGCAGGUGGAGGCGUGGUUCCCGGUGGUGGGCAUCCUGGAGGAGGUCAAUGUCACCCUGGCCGUCCUGCAGCACCGCCUCCCGCACUACUUUGCCGGCGUCCUUGACCUCUACCACAAUGACUUACUAGCAGCGCCGCACUACAACAUGAACCAGCAGCGGCCACCCACCAGCCCUGAGGUGGAGGCCGCCCUCAGGACCAACAUCUCCCUUGAGUAUGACUUCUACAACUUCCUGAAACAGCGGCUCGUCAAGCAGUACCUGGAGCUGCCUGUGACGUGACUGGUGGCUGGGGUUCUUUGUCAUCUCAUUCUUAUCACUACAAUGUCUUCUCUUAACAUGUAUGAGGGAGAAUGACAUGGCUGGAAAGAGUGUCACAGAAAGGGCAGAACUAGUUUUUGUCAUUCAAUCACAGGGACGUUAAAUGAAAAUAAGAGGGAGUUGCCUGUGGUUCUAGUGAUCUGGUUCUUAUCAACACAACAUCUUCCCUUUACAUGUAUGAAGUAGAAUGACAUGACUGGAGGAAGUGUGGCAUUGAGGGCACGAGAAUUUGUUUAAGCCGCUCAAUAACUUAAACCAAAAAAGACCAACAGGAAAAGAAAAAAAAAGAAAGCAUGAAAAAAGAGAAAUAAAGAAGAAAACCAAUGAAAAACAAAUAGUAAGAGAAAGAAGGAGAAGAAAGAAAAAGAGAAAAGGAACCUAAAAAGACCACCAACAGGAAAAGAAAAUUAGGGGAAAAUAAGGACGCUAAACGAAAAGAGGAGAUGAAGAUUCAGUCACAGAGAAGUAUGAAAUAGUAACUGAUAGAAGUACAUGUGAACACAAGGAGACUGUAAGAGAAGCCUUCCCUAUCACACCUCCCCUAACAGGAAGGCUCUGAGCUGCAGGAAAGAGAAGAGAUAAGGAAUACACCCAUGAAAUUUUAGAUACAAGGAACCACUUCUUACCAACUCCCUGAAAAAUAAAUGAUACUGAGUCACAUACUGCCAUAAGGGGCAUUAAACAGGAAGGCUCUGAGGUCCAGGAAAGAGAAUAGUGAAUAUAAUAAUGUAGUUUGAGAUAUGCAGAACCACUUUUUACCAACUCCCUGACACACAAAUAAUACCGAGUGACAUACAGCCAUAAAAUACAUUAAAGUGAUACUGACACACUAACUUCCCCUACGCAGCAUUCUCAGUAACCAGGAAGUGAUGUGAUAAUAGAAACAAUACAUGUGAUAUACAUAUAAAACUUUUUAUUUAUGUACUCUUCACCCUCCAUUGCAAACCACUGUGUUCACCUGGGACGUGGGAUUGUAAAUAAAUACCCAAACAAAGCUAUUAAAGAUUCCUAUUGGUUAACACGUACAUCAUCCAUUACAAGAUAGUUCAAUUGCUCUUCCUAUAACUUAAGUGCUGGAGUGAUGAUCUUUUUCUCUGUACAUAUAUACUGCUUAGACAUUUGGAGCAUCCAGAAGAGAAGAAACAUAAGGGACUAAGCCAUUUUUUCUAGUCUGCACUGGGAAGGGGAAGCUACACAUUGCAGAGAGAACAAGUUGCAUGGAAAAAGUGACCUUGCAUUUGGUGUGCUGUGGGUUGCUUUUCCCUUGUAGCUUGUAUUUUGUUCUUCCUGGGAUGUGUAGUCUGCCUUUCCCAGUGCAGACAAAAAAAUGGUUCUGUCCCUUGCAUUCUUUCACUGUUGGAUACCUCAACUGAGAAGGGGAAAGCAACUUGCAGGAAAAAAGCAACAUGAACGAUCCAAAAUAAUGAAUGACAUGUAUAUUGAGACUGUGAGUGUUUGUGUUUGAGUGCGCGUGUGUGUGUGUGCGUGUGUA